AUGGACACAAAGAGUAUAACAGGAUGGAACUGGUUGCAUUUGCAUGAAACGCUGAACGACAGUGUCGGGGGCUGGGCGUGGCUUCUGGGUGCUGGAGCUCACGGGCACUUCCUCACCUGCACCUCGUCAGUAAUCAACCCCAGCAUAAAGCCUGCUGCUCCACUCGACUCAUGGGCCAGAUUGUUACCUGCUACCCAUGUGUCUCUACCUGCAAGCUCCAGUGCCUCACGACCCAGCCUCUCGCCUCUGUGUAGCAGCACCCGUUUUCCCCCUCCACUCUGGACUCCACCAUCUUCCCGCCUCACCAGCCUCACCAGCCUCACCAGCCCUGCCGGCUCUCUUUAUCUGCUCGGCUUCUUGGACUCCCCUUCCACACAUUCCCCAAUCCUUCCCCAUCCAUGGUAUGGCACAAGCUCCAAGAAGAUCAGUUUUAUCAUCAAUCUACCAAAGAGAAACUCGGACAUCCAAAUGAGCAUGGCUGAAGAUGCUGUUGAUGACAUGUACUUUGGCUGCAGCAAAAGGAUGGCGCAAAAGGUCAAGGACAACUACUUCAAAGAGAGCAAAGGAAUAUUUGAAAAAGUCUGGAAAGCUUCAGAAAAAUGUGCAUACCGUAAUCUCCAACAUAAAAACAAAGGGGAUGAGGGUUUAACUAAGGAUCACAUGCAAGCAAUCUGUGCUUAUACAUCUGGUUAUCUAAGGUUUCAUGCAAUGUUCAAUGAUGCAGUUCAGACCAACAGAACAGACUAUGGCACCUCCUUUCCCUUUCACUCUCUACAGUUCUGGCUGACAUCUGCUAUAAAGAUCCUCAGUAAAAAUAAAGACUGUCACAUUACAUACCGCAGAACAAAUGCUGUUUAUGCUGGCGAUGUCAACCAAAUAAUUCGAUUUGGUUUCUUUGCCUCAAGCUCUUACAAAUCAGACCUAACCCGUUUUGGUAAGAAGACUUGCUUUAAAAUUAAAACCUGUUCAGGUGCUUCCCUGAAAAACUACCCAUAUCUUAAAGAUCAUGAGCAAGAGGUGAUCAUCCCUCCCUAUGAGAAGUUCAGGAUAACUAAAAAAAUAGAGAAUAAAUCUGCAAGAGAUCUGAGGGACUGUGAGGUUGUGUAUAACCUAGAAAAUGCAGGGCUUCAAAGCAAUCUCGACUGCCAUGCUGCAUACUAAACGACAGACCAGUCAUGAAGAAAGUGAAGCUGUUUUUCUUCAACUGGUGGAGCAAAGUGGAAACUAAGUUGAGAGUUUAGUGUUGUUAAGC